GGUUGUUGUUUUCUCUCACUCAUUCCAAGCGUAAACCUUGUUUGUUUAUGACCCGUGGAAUACGAUUAACCUUACGUUUUUUUUUUCUUGUCUUCUUGAGCUAGAAAACAAAACUUGAAUCGGUCUAUUUUGUUUUUCUUAUCCUUCUUUGGAAGGAAACACAAAAAAUUCUGGCUUUUGUUCCACUUUGACUGUGGGCGUCUCCUCCCUUAUUCUCCGUGUGUGUGUGUGUGUAGAAGUAGGAGAGGAGCAGCAGGCAAGACAGCCAGGACAACGAACCCGAACGGACCCGUCUUAACACACACACACACACACAUAGAGGGAAAGAAAUAAAAAGAGAGCCCAUAGGCCCCAUAUUCCCAAUUUCCAGGCCGAGCUGAAGGCAUUCGACUCCCCUCUCUCUCUCUCUUCCACUUGGUGCGUUCAAUGGGCAUCUCUUUUGCUCCUACGCACACAGUUCGCCUACGGGCUUGGGCCUUUUUUUUUACCCUGAACAAAAAAAUCUUGUAUGCAAGUUCCCUGGACAAAAAGUAAUUUUCAAAAUAAAAAUACAACUAUCACGAGAAACUGCCCCCCUCGCCAACAGCCAAGAAACUUUCCUCCGCUUUAUCUUUCGGCUGGUAGAUUCAAGGAGGGCUGAACUUCACGGGGUUUCUGGCCAUCGCUCACCUGCCUCACGAUAUUUCCAAGUAUAAUUAGUUAACUCUGGAAGGAGCAAUAGACAAAACAGGGGGGUUGAAAAGGACCGUUUAAACAUUUUUCCCCCCUCGUCGUAUUAACUAUCUAAUCUUUAUAAUUCUUUUGUUUUGUUUUUUUCCUCUCUCUUCUUUGAGCCUCGUCCGUUCGUGAAACAUUCCUGCGUCUCUAUUUUCUCCUGUCGUCUUUGUGACGUCAUUCAAUCAACUUGACCGAUACCUCGUGGUCGUGAGGUGGUGGGCUGGACCUCACGGUCUGACAGUCAGUGCGUGUGUGUGUGUUAGUCUCUUAUCUCAUUCAGCGUUUCCCACCGAAUUCAUCCCGACCCUCGGGCGGCGUGUUUAAAAAAGCCUCCCAACCAACGGUUAGAACGAAAGAAUUUUCCUCUGUUAAGCCAAAACCCGAAGAAGUCAGCGGCCUCUUUUCUUUUCCUUCGAAUUCUUCUUCUUCUUGUGGGCGCCUCUUGCGUGAGAGAGCUGAAAUGAUUUGGAAGACCCCGUGUUACACAAGAAGCCGGCUUGUAUCAUUUUACGUGAUAACUCUACGGGAAAAAAAAAAAAUAACGCAAGUACACCCUGGCGUUAGUACACCCACCUUUUCUCGGGAAUGUUUGCGGUUUCUUUUCUUUUUUUCUGUUCUGGCGCGUUGUGCAACUUCCGACACGAGGGAACCGAAUCUCUGGUUCCAGGAGAUAGUUAGAGAAACAAAGAAACUGAUUAGAUUAAGCAUUUUCGGAGUAUUUAAAGCAUAAACGUAGUCGUCGUCGUCUUUUAGUCGUGAUCGUCACGUCCGAAGAGAAAUCAGUGAACGUUGUUCCUGCGUGGGAACAAGUCAAAAGGGGAUAGAGACGAUUUGAAGGAAAAAACACAAAGUGUUGAUUGCUGUGCGUUGACCAGUUUCUCUGUCGCCGUGCCGAUUACAAGUUCUCCUCUGCCGUCUAGCAGCAGGCUCCUAUAGGAUCAGUGGAAGAGAGAGAAAAAGGGCUAUCAAAGCGUUCCAGCAACUCCUGUACAUUGACCCGGUCUUUUGCCGAGCCAAUGAAGUACACUUGCGGCUAGGCUUGAUUUUCAAGGUGACCGGAGAGUUGGAGUCUUCGCUGAAGCAUUUCCAACUUACCUUGAUCGAUUCGGCUCCGUGUUCGCUCAGCCAACACGAAAUCCGAUUUCACAUCGCGCACCUGUACGAGGUCUCCAACCGGAUCAAAACAGCGAAAGAACAAUACGAACAGCUGCUGCUGGAAAAACAACUGCCCCCGCUGGUCCGAGCUGACAUCUACCGACAAUUGGGCUGGAUGCACCAUUGUGUCGAGUCGCUAGGAGAAAGGAAUCAACGCGAAUUGCAGGCCAUCCAGUAUUUGCAGCAGGCCAUCGAGGCGGAUCACAAAUCCGGGCAGAGCCUUUACUUGCUCGGUCGUUGCUACGCCUCCAUCGGCAAGGUUCACGAAGCCUUUCUGGCGUAUCGCAACUCGGUAGAUAAAACCGAAGGCAAUGCCGACACUUGGUGCUCGAUCGGAGUUCUUUAUCAGCAGCAGAACCAGCCUAUGGACGCAUUGCAAGCCUACAUAUGCGCUGUUCAACUAGAUAAAAAUCACUCUGCCGCUUGGACCAACUUAGGUAUUUUAUACGAGACUAGUAAUCAACCGCGAGACGGUCUAGCGUGCUACGUUAACGCUGCUCGAGGGAGUGCUAGCAAGAAUCACGGUAAAGCCGUGCACCCCAAUUUGCUGCAGAGGACAAAGUUCCUGCAGCAGCAGCUGGAGGGCGCUCCAACCCCUACGUCUUUCAACAAGCCUCGAUUAUUGCCUUCCAUUGAAGACGCCUGGAACUUGCCCAUCACCGCCGAGAUGAAUUCGAGGCAGCAGCAGAUGCAGCAGAGGGGAGCGGCCGGUCAGGGUGUAUUUCCUCGAGGGCCGGGAUUCGUCGAAGGGCCAUCCCAAACCAAACGCUUCAAAGUGGAGGUGCCAGUCGAAGGUGGUGUCGCCGGACCUCGGCCGCCGUUGCCUUCGUUCUACUUGACGUCGCAACAGCUCCAAAUGCUGCAGUACCUUCAGCAGAAUCAAAACAGUCUCACGCCGCAGCAGCAGCAGUUACUUUUGCAGCUGCAGAAUCAUUACCGAAUGAUGCAGCAACAUCAGCAGCAGUUGCGACUUCAACAGCAACAACAGCAACAACAGCAGCAAAUGAUACGAGCUGGGCAGCCAUUCUCUCCUAGGCCUCAAGGACCCUUUCCUAUUGGCGGAACAGCCUUACCCCAACAGCAACAACAAAAUUUCCCGCGAGCGGCCGUACCUCAAACGUCUUCAGCUCAAAUUCCUCAACAACAACAGCAGCAGCAGCAACAACAGCCUUACACGAAUAUGUCUUGCCCUCCAGCCCUCUCGUCUCCAUCCGGAGUAAGCGACCAAGAGUUGCAGGCUUUGUUGUCGCAAAAGGACAUCGCUGCUUCUUUGGCCGAAGAUCUUUUGAAGCAAUUCGCUCAAGAGGGCGAACUGGAUUUAGAGCAGCCACAGCCGGUCGUUGGGCCAUCUGCGACUUUACCACCGACUCAACCGGCCACUACCAACCUCGUCCACAACCCACCAUCCAAUAUACGCAUCGCAAAAGAACCGACGCCCGUCUUGGCCAUCGGUGGACCCAUGGGACGUUCCUCCUCGCCGCGUAAUCGUGGCGGCCUCAAAGGUCGUGGCUAUUCCAAGAUCAUGGAAGAUGCGUCAGAUACGGAAGAGGAGAAAUUCCAAUGCAACAGCAGUGACUCGAAUAGCAGCAGCAGCCAACUCAAAGAAGCCAACAUUAACAUGUCGGCUCGUGAAGUUUUGGAUUCUUGUCGCGGAGCCGUCGGUUUCCAGGGUUUGCGCCAUUUCCACAUUUUAUCAGUCAGCAUGCCUCCGCCUCAGCCGGCGGAACCUCCCGCCAUUCGGUUGACCCGCGAGCAACUCUUGCCUCCCACGCCGAGCGUCUACUUGGAGAGUAAAAAAGAUGCCUUCAGCAUCCAGCUGCAAGAAUUUUGCCUCAAGCAUCCCAUCGCCGUCGUGCGGGGCAUGGCGUCGGCCUUAAAAAUGGAUUUGGGAUUGUUCUCAACGAAAACUUUGGUGGAAGCCAAUGCCGACCAUCCAGUCGAGGUGAGAACGCAGUUGCAACAACCUCCAGAUGAGAACUGGGACCCGACAUUAAGUCGCCGCGGGUGGGCGUGUAUUUCUCAUCGAUCCAUCACAACGGUUGCCAAGUACGCUCAAUAUCAAGCCUCCACUUUCCAGGAGAGCCUCAAGGAGGAACACGAUAAGAUGACCAGCGGAGGACAUCCGGUUGGAGGUCACCGCCUAGAUUCCGACUCGGAUUCCAAGGACUCGAUCGGAACGUCGAACCGUGUCGGACUAGGUCUCAAGAAAGGCCGCGGCAAGCACGGCUACAAGACCAUCAAGUUUGGAACCAACGUCGAUUUGUCGGACGAGAGAAAGUGGCGGGCCCAGCUUCAGGAGCUCAUGAAAUUACCGGCCUUUGCACGCGUCGUCUCGGCCAGUAACAUGUUGACGCACGUCGGUCACGUUAUUUUGGGCAUGAACACUGUCCAGCUUUACAUGAAGGUGCCCGGGAGUCGGACGCCGGGUCACCAGGAGAACAACAAUUUCUGCUCCAUCAAUAUCAACAUUGGGCCGGGCGAUUGCGAAUGGUUCGGAGUGCCCGAUGCCUAUUGGGGAGCCAUUCACAAUCUCUGCGAAAAGAACAACAUCAGCUUCAGUCAUGGAUCCUGGUGGCCGAUGAUGGAAGACUUGCUGGAAGCCAAUAUUCCAGUCUAUAAAUUUCUGCAGCGACCAGGCGACGUUGUAUGGGUCAAUUCCGGCUGCAUUCAUUGGGUGCAAGCGAUUGGUUGGUGCAACAACAUAGCGUGGAACGUAGGACCAAUUACUGGCAGGCAGUAUCAGCUAGCUAUUGAUCGUUACGAGUGGAAUAAGCUGCAAAGCUUCAAAAGUAUCGUGCCUAUGAUCCAUUUAUCUUGGAACCUGGCGAGGAACAUUAAAGUGUCCGAUUCGAAACUUUUCGAACUUCUUCGGAACACCCUGAUGAAGACCCUACGUCACACCCAGUUGAUAACUCAAUUUGUGCGCUCCAAAGGAGUUCAGGUCCGUUUCCAUGGCCGGGGCAAGAACGAAGCCUCUCACUAUUGCGGUCAAUGCGAGGACGAAGUCUUCAACAUGCUCUUCAUCAAAGAGCAAGAGAAGAAGCACGUGGUCCAUUGUUUGCACUGCUCGCGCAGGCACAGUCCCAACUUGGAAGGGUUCGUCUGUUUGGAAGAGUAUCACCUUGAAGACCUGAUCGAAACCUAUGAUGCAUUCGUGUUGCAUCCGCUCAAUCCACAAAUACAGCAACCGCCGACGCCAGUGCCCUCGACAUCUGCGACUUCUUUGUUAUCGUGUUGAAAUAUGGAAAGAUCACCGAUAUAGACUAAAAUGUGUAAUUUUUAAUCGUUUUAAAUAUGUUUCAUAACUUGGGCGUCGAAAUCACUGCCACUCGACAGCAGGGACCCUUUUUUUUAUUAUUAUUUUUUAAAAUAUUCUUCUGACUUAAAUGAAUUUUGGUAGCACGUUCUUUCAUUGGCUCUGCCGCAAUCCUGAAGAAUUUAAAAAAAAGAAAAAAAUUGAUUUGCCCCUCCUUUUAUUUUGUGAUAGUUUUCGUCUUUUAUCCAGUUUUUUCUCUUUUUUUAACCGGAUUUGUAUGCUUAUUACCACACUAUAUUUCUACCGAGGCCUAAAUUGAUCAGUUGUAAAAAAUAUUUGGAAUGACUGCCCCUCUGUGUCUGUCGUCCCCACCCCCAUUGAAAAUGUGUGUGCGUGUUUGUGUGUUGAGAAUCAAUAGUGUUCGAGUGGGAGCCGCGUGUUUGCGGACAUCUUCCGCGUCAUUUUCUUUUUUGUAUUUCAAUUGAAGUUUCGUUUCUAGAUAAGGUCACACACAAAUGGAAUGGCUACCGUUCAGUGUAGUCGAAUCUAUUUCAAUGCCCUGUAUAAGGUCUACCGAAACGAAUUGAAUAAAGAUCUCCCAACAUGGAUGGCCCCCCCUUCCUCCCUGAUACUAUAUAGCCCGUGUCUUGUACCUCAACCGGGAGAAAAGACCCUGCGUGUGUUCAGAUGGCACUGCCAGCUCGCUGUGUGUAAUGAAAUUCUGUGUAAUUCUGAGACUCCCGUUCUUAUUUUUUCCCCCCUGUUUUCAAUGUGCCCGUUAUAGCCAAAAUGAUGUUGUGCACCAACUUCAAGAUACCAGGAACUAUCUUCAUUUAGCUCGUGGUGGUGUUCUCCUCAUCCACAAAAUGGGCCCACAGUCUGUUCAUAUGUUUCUGUCUAUGCAAAAGAUUGCUGUGCACGCGCAUUCCGUUCGAUGCUGGGCACGAUGUACAAGCACUUUUUCUCUCUCUCUCUCUCUCUCUCGUUACCAUAUAUUUACUAUUCCGUGUUGCAGUGGAACCGUUUGAUUGCUCAAUCUUACAGCCCCCAAGAGCGAGGAAUACUAAAAAAAAAAAAAUUGCCCAGUUGUUAAUCGUUGAGAUUAAUCUGACACAUUCCUCGUUGCUGUCUGCACUUGGACAAUACACUGCGUGUUCGAUUGGUAAA